CGAACACGGCCGGUAAGAGAGCCUUCAAGGCGCUGCGUUCCCACUUUGGAGCUCCCCAGACCGAAGCUUUGAAGCUGCUAUUCUUGGCUGCAGUACAUGCAGCAUCGCCGUUGCGCCGAGUGGCUAUUCACGGAGCCGGCGAGGGUGCCGCUCUGAUCUGCAGCGUCGACUGCAGCUGUAAGCACGUCCAUGCCUGCAUCUUCAUCAUCAGACAAGCCAGGGCAUGUACCGGCCCUCUCGCGCCGCAUCACAGCAUGCGACGCCUGCAGGUCGCGCAAAGUCAAGUGCCUCUACCCACCUGGCAGCGACGGCCCACCGUGCAUCCGGUGUCUCAGCUCCGGCUCCAAGGAGCUCCUGGACAAGUGCAAAGUGCAGAAGAACUUGCAAGACAUUCUGGACGGGGACAAAAUCUGGAAGGAUGAGGUAGAUGAUGCGCUUGCAACGCUCAGGGAAGAAGUGCAGCGACUAAAACGACAACUAGGGGAGCGAUCAAGUUCGCCGGAAGACAGGCGAGAUGAGGCUGCUUCGCGGGCUGAUUGGCCACUCGGCAAGCGACGGCGCCUACAUCGCGAGCACACCGACAUCCCUGCAAAAGAUGUAGCAAAUGAUGAUUCCUCUGGAGAAGGCCCCGCGGAUUCGAGGUUGCAUGUCGCAGCUGCCGCCCCGGGCGUGUUGCUGCGUCAAGUUACAAGCGCCGGUGCGCUACAGCGUCCAGCUGCAUCCGUGUCUUUGGGGCGGCGCACUCAACCUAACGCAAUCGGCAACGCCACUAGUGCUAUUUCAGAAUGGCUUCUCGAUCAGGAACAGACUGAUGGCCUGCUAAAACAAUACAUCGACACGUUGGACGGUUAUGCGUACGAUGUCAUUGGCGGUCCCGCAAGCAUGUGGAGUGCCGAUCUCGUCCUAUCACGUCUGAGAGUGGAAGGUCAGAUGCAGCUCACGGCCGUGUGCGCGAUCACAGCGAUGCACUCCUCACCGUCCAGACCUGCCGCUCCGACAAGCGUACUCUGCGACCAGCUGUACCUGGAGUGCAUCCGCCUCUCCGCGCUGCAGGCCUUCUCGCGCAACAGUUCGCUCGACGACAUCAAGGCGCUUGUCCUUGGCUCGUACCAUUUCCGCGAGCUGUCCUGGAUCCUGACGUCUGUCGCUGUGCGGAUUGCGACAGAGCGCGGGCUGCAGGAGAGCUACAAGCGGUGCUUGAAGGCUGCCCAUGGAGGGGACACCGCCGGAGGGGCUGAUGCAGAACGAGCGGCGACGCACGAAGACCCAGGCACGAGCCUGCACCCGCGCACCGAAUGGCUGGGCGAGAGCAGCGGCGGCGGCGGCGCGCGUGACGCUGACAUCGGAGCGAAGAACAAUGACCGCGAUGUACAGCAAAAGCAGCAGCGUAAAGCGUACGAGGAAGCCAGACUUUACUACCAGAUCUACGUCGCGGACCACAUGGCGUCCAUUCCGCACGGGCGUCCACCGCUUACACGACAGCAUGCUGCUAUCAGAAGGGCAAGAGACUGGCUGGACCUGUCGCUAUUGACUGGGCCUGAUGACGUGUUCCUCAUUUCGCAAGUCGAGCUGCACGAGAUCGCACAUGAUGUGCUGGACGAAUUCGGCGUCGAUGUGCACGAGAGGCUCAACCCCUCACAGCUGACGUUCGCCGCGAAGUUCAACGACCUCCUCGACCAAUGGCAUGAGGAGUGGCAGGCGACAUUCGAGGCGCGCAGAUCGUACUCGCGCCAUCGCCAUUCUUCGUCUAUUGAAUCUGCCGGGGGUGCCGCGGCAUGUACGGGCAGCAGCACGGUGAGCAAACGACGCACGCUUGCGCUGGAGGUGGAGUCGUUCCAUCGCUUCUACUACCAUGCGAUGCGGCUCUGGCUGAAAGCGCACGCGUUCAGGUGCCCCGAAGAGGAAGCGAUACAGUUCGAGUCUGACGCCCCGACGUCAUCGGACGCUGAGGUGCUGUACAGCAUGGCGAUUGGCGCGGUCCAAAGCGCGCACUACAUCCUGCGCGCUGCAGCGCAGUCGCACGCAAGCUAUACUGGCGGGCGAGCUGGCUCGUCUUGCUCCGACGCCGACACCGACGCGUGCAGCAUCCUGGGGCUCAGGGAGCAUCUGCGCGGCCUGCCGCUGUACGUACACACGAUGAUUGGCUUUGCAGCGGUCUUUCUGGUGCGCGUCUCGCGCUCCGCUGAAACGGCUGGGCUGCGCGGCUGCGAGCCAGAAGCGGUGCUGCGCAGCGUUGACGACGCCACAGCCGCGAUCGAGGCGCUUGCGCAGCGCGUCGCGGUGCAGCAUAUUGCCCACUCCCUCGCACCUGGCUUGCGCAGCCUCGCGAGCGGGUACAGGUCGUUCGUCGCCGUCGCUGCUGCUGCUGCUGCUGGUGAGAAUUCGUGCAGGCGGUCCGCCGCAGAUCCGCCGUCGGCCACCCAGGGUGACUCCAGCGCCGGACACAGCCAGCGCGAUGUGCUGCUCUGGGCGAUCAGGACGCCGUCGAGCUCGGUGCACUUUGCGACCGCUUCCGGGACCAGGUCGGUGCUGCUGCGUAGCAAGAGCGCCAUCGAAGCGCGUGCUGGCGCUGGCGGCGAGCGCCAUCGUAGGUCCAACGUCAGCCACGAGCGCACGGGCGUGACCGGCGCUGCUCGCAGCUUAGGGCCGGAAGCUGCGCUCGUCCCAAUACCGUCGCCGUCGCUGCUGCAAAACUUUCGCUGCGGACCCGACGGCGACGGUACCGUCAUUAGUAGUAACAGUGGUGGCGGCAAAGACGCAUACGGCGUUAUGCACCUCUCCAAUAUGCUUUCAUCCAGCAGGAACGGACUGCAACAGAAACAGCAGCAGGCUCAGCAGACUCAGCAGGUACCUCAGUCGUCCUGGUCAUCCCCGCACGCGGAGGCGGAAGCAGCAGCAGAAGCGGGCGCAAGCCCUGAAGCCGGUUGCAUGUUCUCCACGCAGCCGCCGGGCGACAUGGCCGCUGCGACCCCGUCGGCAUGGGCGGCAGAGCGAGGCCUGCUGACGGGCGCAUCAACGGCGGCCGCAGACCUUGACUUUUUCCUCAACAACUUUGACCUGCUGAGCGAUUUUCGUACGCUAUCUGGCCUCGAUUUUGCAAGCCUGUCACAUGCUGCAGGAGGUACCACCACCACGGCCGGCGGCGGCGGGGAGGUUGCUCACCUGCAGUAUGGCCAGCAGCAAGCGCAGCAGGAGGAAGGUUUGCAGUCACAUUGGCCCGUGCAUAAUGGCCAAGUGAACGAAAAUGGAUACGGACAUAGCAAUGGAAACGGCAUGGCGUGCGCGAGCGGCUAUGCGCACGGACAAGGACCAGGCUACACGUCACAUGAUGCCUACAGCCAUGCGCUGCACGAUCCAUCCACGGCGGCGUCCGUUGCUGGCAAUGGCGCCCGUAACUUGUUCGCGGGUCUUUUUUGAUACGCAUGUACGCGUAGAUGGGGGGAGACAGGCGUUGACGGGUGUGCUAUACAUGCACGUAGCUCUCUCGUUGCAACGCGCGUGCGGCUGACAGGCGGUGAGCUUUCGUACACCUUAGUGGAGUGAGUAAGCGCUGUCGCACAGCAAACUCGACGUGUCGAGCGAGGCCGAGGCUUGUUUUUCGGCUCGCGAGGGCUAGCUAGCUGGCAGGCAGGUAGGCAGGUUACGCCUCGAGUAAAAGUAGUUUGCGUGUGGCGAGACCAAGUGACCUCCUGGGUGGACAGCGUACAAAUGUAACAAGAACAAACUGGGCGUCGGAGACGAUCAAUCCAGCGGCAUGCCUGUUGAACUAUAUUCGAAGAACAAGCCAUCAACCCAACACUCUUCCAGGUCGGCCCCCCCCACCAAACGCAAGUUCAAGCGUACAUUCAACGGCGUCGUCACCAUGUAUCAUACUCUUCCUCACUCACGUGCAAUGAAUU